UGGAGUGCGCGCUAGGUCUUAUUUCCUCCGGACUCCAGAACUCAAGACUGUGUGUACCUAUACCUACAACAAUUCGUUCGUUGUGUAUGGGGUGUGUGUGUGCGUGUGUGCGCGCCUGAAGCUCAGCAAAAAAAAAGUGUGUCUGGACCGCCGCUGCUGCAGCCUAUACGCAGCUUCUGCUCCGUUCUGUUUUGCUGGGGGGAUAAACACAAAGUGCGAGGUGCAAGAGGCUCGAAUGCAAUUCGAACGGUGGCUUGUCCCGUAUAGCCACGUAUAACCUCAACUCGCGUCCAGGAUUUUGCCAUCCCAACUGGUGAAUCGCCGCGAAGAGAAACGGCGACAGGACGUUUUGCGAGCGACCACAGCAACAGCAUCACCACCUGUACUCGCGGCUGGAAUGAGAUGUUGAUAUUUUAUGCGAUUCUCUCGAUUGCUCCAAAAAUGCCAGCCAACUAUUUUUGUCUUUUAGACUUGGGAUAGCUGUCCUUGAAAUGACGAUUUCCUCAGUUAUGCUGUGACCAGUGCUUGACAGAUGGAGUGUUUUAGUUACUUGUGUGUAAGAAGGCUAUUAGUGUGUUGAUAGUGUGUUAUCAAAUAGUGCGUGUUAUCAUCAAUGGGUGAAAUUUUUCAAAAGACGCACUUUAAAGACAGAAUAGAAUUAAAACACUAUUUCAUGGUUUAUCUUUUUUUCAAUGGUUAAUGCAUUUUGUGAAAAAAAUAAAUAUUGCUGCAAGCUUAUUUUUGCGUAACGUUCUAGUGUAGUAAAACUGCAAGCCUAAGUGAGGGAAUGCUUGCUAGAAUUCAUUUAUCAGUGAAAAAAUCUCAAGAAACUACAUGCAUGUCAGGCACAGGCAGUCUUGGACGUAAACGCGUUGAGUGGCGUCGCAACGCCAAUGUGGAAAUAAACUACUUGCUGACACUUGUUCAGAUAGUAGAAGGGUAAAGAGUAUAAUAAAGGAACUAUAAGGUAGCUCAACGCUACCCAGAGUUUCGAGGUGCUGCGUGGGCAUGCAGCAGCCUCAGUCACGCCCUCUCCUUGGGGACUCUGUAUCCUCUACAACAUCCCCAAACACGCGUCGUAAUAAUAAUCCUGUUGCAGUCCUCACCCAACAACAAUUACAACAGCUACAACAAUUUCAUUCUCAAAAUUCUGGUUCUCAGGUUACUUUUACACUUCAGCAACCAUCCGGUGGAAAUCAAGAUCAGACAAAUGGAUCUUCAGCUGGAAAUCACAUACUCUAUGUUAAUCAGCUGAAUCAGUUGAAUCAAGGACCUUUAAAUACAUCCGGGACAGGCAUGGGCCUCCAAUCAGCCGGCCCUACUUUAGGGGUCGGCCUGAAUAUGGGAUUGCCUUUUUCACUCUUAAAUUCAGCUGGUCUUACGUCGUCCAAUGCCAUAACAGCAUCAAACCCAUUGCUCAACCUCAGCAUUUCUAACAUCAACUCAGGCUUAUUAAAUUCCAGUAUUAAUCAGUUAAACGCCUUGGGUGCGACAAAUUUAAAUUCUAGUAUGUCUUCGGACGGUAUGAGCAAUGGGUUGCCAAAUCUCCAACAAGAUUUAACAGGCAUGAACAGAUUAAGUGCUUUAAACUCAGCUAACAUUGGCUCUGGACUUCCCAAUAUUGGUAGUGCAGGACUCGCAAGUGUUAAUCCAACUCUAACGAGCUUAAAUCAAAAUCUCGCCUCAAUUGGUGCAAAUCUGAAUGCAACAAACUCUGGUGCAUCUACUUUGAAUAAUCUCAGUCCUAAUAUCAAUUUAUCCGCUAGUAACAUGAAUUCAACUCUCAAUCAGCAAGGACUGAACAGGCCUUUAAAUACCAUAACAAGUUUUAAUUCAACAAGCAGUAGUGCUCACUUUCCGUUUCAGACUAUUCAAAGCAUACAGAGCAUUGCUCCGCACAUAGUUGGCUCAAGCAUAGCAAAUGUUGUGAGUUCUGCCAUAUCUCAGAACCAAAGUAAUAAUGUUACCUCGAUUGCGCAUUCAACAAAUGCGGGAUCAUCGAUUGUUAGUAGCACUUUUACCAGUACACAUAGCGGACCGAUUCUUGCCACAGCAACCAAUGCAUCCCAUGGAGCUAACAAUAAUCAACAAAUUCAAUUUGGAAUAAUGAAUUCGAAUGUACAAAACGUUAUAACUUCACAAGUGGGUACAAAUGACUCCGCAUCAAAUUCUUCCAUCGGCGUUGGAUUUCAGCGUCAGUUUACGAAUCAAAAUUUAAAUCAGUCACCGGGGGUUAAUCAAGUUACGAAUUCCAUUAUUCCCAACAUAAAAACAGUGCAAGGUAUUCAAAGUCAGUCAAGUAGCGCGCCGGGCAGUCCAUUUUCGAUACCAAUGAAGAGUCCAGCAUCAAACAUUGCUCAUCCAACACCCAGUCCAAGUCCAAAUAGGAUAUUGCUCAGGAGUCCAGCUCCAAAUUCUGUGUCGAGAAACAGUCCCAGUCCACAAUCCAUUCCAACUUCUAACGCGAAUUUUAGUGUACAGUUACAAAGCCCCAUGCAGAGUCCAAUUGGUGUUAAUCAGAUACAGAGUCCGGUACCCAGUCCCUAUCCCCCUUCGAAAAGUCCCCACAUAAACUCUGGAGCAUCUUUAGCUAAUAAAAGUCCUGCUCCAGGAGGCAGCCCAGGCCCUCCAGUUGUGAGGCCAAACACUCCAAUUUUACAACAAGGUAUGCAAGUUUUACAAAUAAUUGGUACCCCUCAAGGGUAUCAACAAACACCUCAGCUCGUCACGAGAAGCAUAUUUGGUAAUCAGCAAAUCCAAAUAGCCACAACCAAGCCCAAUAAACAGCCUCCCCAGAUACUACCGAAACCACCUUUACAACAGGCGAGUGUUACCCAGCCAAAACAACGUGCUGCCACUACUAUUACUAAUCAAGUAACACAACAGUCACAGCCUCAGAUUGUUUUAGCAGGGCCACAGCAAAAUCAGCCAACAGCUACCAUGAUACCUACAGCUCAGGGUCUUUUGCUUAAUCAGGUAUUACCAUCCACUGGACCAGUUAUUGUACAGCAGCAGCCUGGUGGUGUUCAGCUGAUCCUUAGGGCUCCAACGAAUGCUCAACAACAAACUCAUACCGCACAGUUAACACAGCAACAGCUAGUCAGGGUAGUCACAGCUCAAGGUAUGCAAUUGCAAGGUCUGGCUCCAACCUUUUUUGCUGUGCCUAAUGGUUUUUCUUCACCGGCACCCCCCGUUAUCAGGCAUACGUCUAGUCCAGCACCUGCAAAUCCCAGUAACAAUGGUUCGAUAGUAAUUCAAAAUCCUAUGGUUCAAAAUUCUCAACCUCAAAUUGCCCAGCAACACCCAACGAUCAACACAACUGGAAAUGUACAAAAUGCACAAACAAUUAUUGAUCAGAGUUUGCUGCCUCCGCCAAAGAAGAAAGCCAAGAAGAAAAAGAAAACGAAAAAAAAAGAUGAGGAGCCACCGAAGAUGGAUCUUGCUAGUAUCAUGAAGAUAUCGGGCAUCGGUGACGACGAUGAUAUUUUCGAUAGUGAUAUCACGGAGUCUGAAGCGCCUGUCUCGCAGCCUGCCAUUCAAGCAGAACUAGCUCCUACACAGGGUUCUCCUAUCGUAACCAUACCAAAUACCUCUGUUCAACAAAACGUGAUUCAAGUACCCGUUGCACCGACCGUAGUCCAGCCUCCUAGUUCAUCCGCAGAUAGCCUUACCUCGAGCAAUUUAGUCUCGCAAGUCCAGUCGUCCACCGAUCAAAAUCCGAUUUCCGGUCCAAUCUCAGGACAAUUAAGGCUAUCUGUUGGCGAAGAUGGACGAAUAGUGUUGCAUCACACGCCAGAUCCCAAUCAGCCCCAGAUCGAUCAGGCUACCGCACAAGCUUUAAUCAAGUCCUUGACACAAGGUGGUGGACAAAACUCGCAAAUUAUUUCUCAAUUGCUGCAAGCACAGAUUCAACAGUCUACUCAAAAUAUGACCAACAAUAACAGGCAGAAAUUUGUUAAAUCGCCGGUCUCCAAAACCAUAUCCACGGGACUGCCUUUAGCGAGUCCUUCGAGUUCCAACUCGAUCAUGAGUCCACAGCAAAGUCAAGUCAGUUCCAAUUUGAGUAAUCAGUCGAAUUUCAGUGCGCCCAGUGUGUCUCCAAAUCCACAACAAACUAUGCUAACGACAACUGUUCAAGCAUCCAACGUGCAACCAAUAGUCAACGCGUCCUCGCAAAAUCUUGUUCAACCUGUAAAAAAUGUUACGAAAAAAGCCUUUGAAGCUAUCAAGAAACAAACAAUUGUCGAUGUAAAGUCUACCACCUGUCAGAAAACUAACGUACAAAAUCCCCGACCCAUCACAGUUAAUCAGAUUGCAGCUGUUGCUCCGCAACAGGUCACUAACAAUCAGCAAAUAAAAUGUAAUCAGCCAAAAGUUAGCCGUAAUACUUCUCUGAAUCAGCAACAAAAUUCAAAUAAGCAAAAGCCUGUGCAGAUAUGUGCACCUGUUCAGCGUAAUACUCAGGUAGUAAAAAAUAAUCAGAUUCCACUGCAGCAGAUAAAUGCUCAAGACGAAGGCCCGUUUGUUCAAAAUGCGACUAUUUUUCAGCAAAAUUUGGCUCAACAGGUAUCUCAAACCGCUCAAGUUCAGAACCUGCAAAAUAUCUUUGAACAAAAUCUACAACAAAACGUCGGUAUCGCGUUACAACGGACAUCUGUGGAUGGCAUUAAAAUCGAGUCGCUUAACGCUGUUCAACAAAGUAACCUGCAACAAGCGCAACAACCGAAUGUCAGUUUAUUGCAGCAAAACAUUAAUACUACUAAUAUUCAGCCAACAGAGCAAAACUUUCAGUUCCACAACAGUGAUCUCACUCACCAACAAAAGGUACAAGCAAAUGCCAGUCAUCCUGCGCACCAGAAAGUACAGAACGUUAAUGCGAGUUCGAUGAACAAUCAGCAGCUCCAGAAUCUGCGAGCGAGCAUACUGAUCUCAAAUCCUGCCCGACAGCAGGAACAGCCAAAGGUGGAAACACAAAAUGUGUGUAAUGUGAAUUCUCAAGCAGCUACGAUAUUGAACUCGCUCAAGAUAACUCCCGAGAUACUGAACAAUUUGAGCAAUUUAAAUCCCAACGAUCAAAUCCUUAUUGCUACUAACAAUGGACAAAUGCAAUUGAUCAGUCAGCAGUACCUACAACACUUGCUGCUAACUGGCCAGCUAAACGUCCAGUCUCAAACCCAACCACAGUCGCAAGUUCAAAAUUCAGUACCAGCUCAGGCACAGGUUCAGCAAAACCAGACGCAAAAGAUAGUGAUUGGUGAUCCAGAUUCAAACAAUCCGAAUUUGCAGGAGGUUCAAAUAAAUACACCAACGAGUCAGAUCAUAGUAAACAGUUCUGGUGGAGCACCCACGAUACAGAACAACAUCCAGAACAUUGUAGUGCAGGCUGCGCCAAACCAGCUGCCCCAGCAAAUUCAGAUUCAAAACUCUGGUUUUCCGAGACAGUUCAUCGACAAUCUGAACCAGCAGCAGAUCCGCAAUCUCGGUAAUAGUGCUCCGACGCUCGUGAAUUCGGACUUGAACUCGAACGCUGCCAACGCUGCUGCGACGGCGGUUGCGACUGCCAAUCAACAAUGUAGUGCGGCAAAGAAGCCAAAAGUGGUAAAGCGGACUAAAGUGUUGACAGUGCCGACUCAGCAGCAGCAAGAACAAGUUAAAGUUGCAGGUGUUUCGCGGCCAGUUGUAACGACAAGUUUGAUCGCAACUACCACGAUGACGACGACGACGACGACGACAAGCACUUUACAACCCCAACAACAACAGGUCGUAAAACAAGGCUUGUUGAAAAGUAAAACGGUCAACCUGCUCACACGGGUGAUUGAUGGGAAUAAGAACGAAUCGUCGCAUCCUGUCGCCAAUGGUCCUGUUACUUCUCUAUCCUCAAGUUGCCAAGUGCCUAUUUUGUCAACAGGACAAGUCGUUCAGAGGGUACAAACGAUACAGCUUGAUGCUCAAAAGCAACAAUUACUUGCAAGUAAUCAGGCUCAAAUCAAAGUUAUUAUGGCACGAAAGAACAAAUCGCAAGCCGACGAAGCUACUUUGCAAAAAUUGUACCAGGAGCAGACCAGGAUUCUAGCUAGUGGUAAACUUAUAAGCAGUACUCAGCAUCCAAUAACCUCAGAACCAGAAUCUGCAAUAAGUGUCAAUGUUGUUUCUUCAACGACAUUAACUUCGGGCACGACCGCGCAAACGACGUGCAAAAGUCAAACUUCGACAGUUCAAACUCAGACUCCAGCCCCAGCUCCCACUUCAUCCGUAGCAAUGAAAUCACAAAACAUUAAUCUGUCCACGUCAUCUUCAAGCAAUAUAUUUGUACCAAGCAUUGCACAGGUUCAGAGGAUACAGAGUCCAUCAUUGUCGGUUCCCAUCAAGUCUCAACAACAACACCAGCAGCAUCAAAAGCAGCAACAGCAAGCACAGCAGCCAUCGCAACAGCCACAACAAGUUCCAAUCCAGGCCUCAAGUCAGUCUCAGGUUCAAAUUAAAGUCGAGGGUGGCCAGGUGCUUGUUCCGUCCAGCUCGAGCUUGCAGAACUACGACAGUGCCAGAACGAUGCUUGAGCCCCAGCAAUCGGUACAAACCAAACUGACAGAUAUCAAGCCGUGUAUAGAGGCAACGACGAGAAGUCCCAGUAUUAAGCAAGAGCUGGUCUCUUCCGCUCAGCUGCAAGUUCAAUGUACGCCACCUGCGGGUCAGGCGACGUCUCCGCGAACGACUGGCGGCAAAACUCUGCCAGCUCUUCAGAGCAAACUCUCGAGUCCUGAAAAUCAGCCAACCAGUCCAAGACAUGGCGUUAAAAGGCCUUCGAGUACCAGUCCUGUUUGUCGCCAAUUUAACAAGGCUGAGCCUUUUGAGCAACAAUUGAAAAUGGAUCAAAAUGGUGCAACGAAUCCCGAUGUUAAUAUGCCCUUCCAAAGCAAACGCGAUGCCUGCAAACGACUUGUCAGGUAUCACUGCUUCAAUGAUCAGGUGCUUAGCAAAAAGGAUUUAGAAAAAGCUGACGAAAUCUUUGAGGAGACAGCUAAACAUUUGCUAGGCAAAUUUAAUUCUAUGGUUAAUAAAUACACGUACCUUCUCAUAAUGGAUAGUAUGCGUGAAACGAGAACGUCCGAGCUUAUGAUGAUUGACCGUAUGAUAGUGAAUGAAGAGCAGGUGACGUUAAAUAGGUUAAAGGAACAAGAUGCGAAGCUAGCAGCUGAAGAAUUGAGGCUAAAGCCUAAAAUAGAGCCAACAGACAUGGAAGGGGAUGAAAGAUUGUUGGUGCCGAAAGUCGAGUCAGGCAUCACGGAUCCUUCGGCGGCGGCAGCAGCCUCAGUCAAGUUGGAGGUAGAGAUGGAAGUAAAGUCAGCCGACUACGACGAAUGGCUCGAAAUUCAGAAGGAACUGGGGGUUUAUACACCGUCGGAACUAGCACUCGGUGGCAAGAGCCGGUCCAAGUCCAGCCGGGCGCGCGCCAACGGUGAGACGCGCGACACCAGCGCCUUGGAGCUUGAACGUGACUUGCUCGACGAUUCGGAGAGCCUCGAUGGGCUGGCUCUGUAUGCACAGGCUACGUGCUCGACGAGAGCUCAAUCCAACGAGCACAGUGCCAAUCCCGAGGAGCACGACGACAUAACCGCUCAAGUACAGUCUGCUAUCGAUAGCAUUCUUAAUUUGAAGAAACGACCGGCACCAGGCUCGUCGGGUGGUCAAUCUUCCGGUAGCGAAUCGAACGACAAACUCCUGGAUCAGGCAGUGCGCAGCAUCCUCGGCUCGUGACCCUCCUCUAGUAAGGUUUAUUAAGCCUGUCUUAUUUUCUAAUUUCUUUUUGGUCUGCGUUUGCAGCUCGGACUUUAUCUGCAAUUGCUAAUUAAGCAACGUCUUUGUAUGUACAUAAUUGUGCGGCUAUACGAAUUGCCGGAAUUCAUAAGACGUUCUACAAUGGCCUUUGUUUAGGCAGCUAUACGUGUCUUUAGGUAGCAAAAUAAUCAGCUCGAAUCUUUUCGUCGAGCUAUGUAAUAAUAUAAUUUUGUAAAAAAAAAAAAAAAAAAAAAAAAGAAAAGAAAAGAAAAAAAAAGAAAGGAAGAAAAGAAACUAUUAGAAAACGAUUCACUCCAUAUUUUAAGCCACAUCACAUUAGUAAAUACUUGAUAAAAGUAAAAAAAAAGCGUCUACGAGAUACACAAAAUACUUAAGGAAUUUAUGAAAGGGUUGGUGAUUUGUAAAUAUUUGUUUUUAACGUGUAUUAUUACAAUAUUAGAUUAUCAAUAAUAUACUUUAUCAUUAUUGUUAUCGAGAUAUGUUCUCAGAGAGGAAAUUGUAAACUGCUGUAAUUGUAAAUUUUCUUCAUUGUCGUUAAAAUUGCGAAUCGUAGCAUAAAAUAGGAAAAUAUUCACGGAAACGUUCUCUUUAAAGGAACUGGAGAAUAAUGCACGUAAAACUAGUCCAAAUUCAUUAAACUUUUCGGAUGUUUUAUGCAAAAACUAUGAUAUUUUACUGAGAUUUUUAUACGAUUUAACGUUUCUAUCAUUUUCUUAUAUCAAAUUCACUGAACUAUACACAUUUUUCAAAAGUGUAAAAAAAGAAAAAAACUAAAUUAUCAUACGUGGGAACAAUAAAGCACCCCGUUAAAUAUUAUAUGAUCAGAAUUUAAUCUUCAAGUGGACACUAGAUUUUCUAGAAAUAUAAAGCAUAUAUAUAUAUAUGUCUAUCAAUGGUGUACGAAAAUCAAAAUUUAAAAAACAGCACAAUUUUAAAGUUUUUACGUGGUUUUAGGCCGUUUUUUUUUAGGUAAUGAAAUAUUUGCUUUAGUAGAGUUCUAAGUGACGUUUCUCCAGGGCGUAAUACGCGUGCGGAGAAAGGAUACUCGAUGCGUAAAAUUUAGGGAUAAUUUUCUUGAUAAUGAUUUCUUUAGCAAAUCUAUGAGAAUUUAUUUAUUUUAAUUUUAAGCGAUAAAUUAUUGUGUCGCUCCAAGUGCAUUAAUGGAAUUUUGGAGAUAUACAUAUAUACAUACAUCCACGCAUAGCGAUAAUUUAAUAGGCAAUUGAUUUUUGUGUGAUUAUUUUUUUCUGUUUGUUGGAUUAAGUGCGUUUUAAACGAUUGAACGUCCUUUUUCCGAAUGCAUACAGGCAAAGAGACAAAAGAUGGCAACAAUAUUAAGUGGCCCUCUUGAUGUACACAGUGUACAAAUAUUUUACUUCUGCGAAAUAAAAUUAAAAAAAAAAAAACUUAUCCAAGACUGACGUAUAUAAUGAUAAUGAAUUAAAAAUACUUGAUGUAAUUAAUGAGUCGAGUAGCGUUCAUUUGUACAUAAUAUUUAAUUAAUAAAACUCUCGACGGCGGUGUGACUUAUUAUUUUUUAAAUGCGGCAGGCUUCUAUUUUAAGAAAAGUUCCUUCCUCAACCGAUUACUUCUCCCUUUUUUCACCUGAUUUUUAUCAUCAUUUCAUCAUGUAUUUUUUUUUUUUUUUUUUUAUAGAUUUGUACGCAUACAAAUUAUCUCUUGGCAAUAACUUGAUUAUCAUUUCAGUCGUUGAUCGUUUAAUAUACACACAUAUACGCGCGCGCGCGCGAAAUAAUAAACACAAUUGCAUGUGUUUUUUUUACCUCUCGAUGAUAUUUGUACGCGCGUCAAUCGACGAUUUGUAGAAAAGAAGCAUAAUCUAACGGCAUAAUUAAAAAAGUGUUUAGCAAAAGCCAUUACGUUCCUAUAAGAUAAAAAAAGAAAUGGAAAACUGUAGAUAUACACUAUGAUUCCAGGGUUUUAGCUGUGGAUGUAUAAAAGUAACAAUUUUUCGCCAAACAUUAUGAAUUUUUGUCUUUGUUUCAUGUGCUCAGUGCAAAAUUUGAAAAAAUACAAAUAAAUCAUUGUAAGAUUUUUAACGAGUAUUUUAUCUUUACGAACUACACUCUCUGAGCAUGUGGUGAGUGUGAUUUUUUUAUCCUCGUCGACUUAGCUUCAAAUAAAAAGUAAAGAAACAAAAAAAUAUAAAGUUGAUGAAAUUCGCCAAGAGGA